CGGUUUCUAAAAACCUUUGCUUGGAAAGCACUCUCCCUCUUAUUAUUGAAGACCCCCAGAAGCAGUUAGCUCCAGCUUACUUUGUCUGCACCGUGGUACUGACCGAGUGCCUCUUGAUCAAGUUCUGAGUAGAUCCUUCCAUAUGAUCGGGCAUCUUUGCAUUCUGAACUUCAAUAUCGAUAUUAUGAUCCAAUAACACGUGCUGUCUAGAUCGAUCUAUCUGGAGCCCUGAGUGUCCGUUGAUUAAAUACGGCCUCGGCUGUCUUGAUAGCUAGAAGAAAGCUAUAUCAUCUGGUUUGAAUCACCACAAACAAGCGAAAUGCCCGAACUUUCCCCAAUCAACUUUAACAUCGUCUGCGCGACGUUGGGAGGGUUUAUCUCUAUCUUUGGGCUGGUGUCCUACUUGUUCAAGGAGAGAUUCUACCUGUCAGAAGCUUUGAUUUCAUUGCUGGCCGGUGUCAUAUUCUCCCCGCAUGCAGCCAAUUUCAUUAGGCCCAAAGACUAUGCGCUUGGCUCCGACCAGAAUCUAGAGGAGAUCACCCUUUACUUUACUAGACUUGUUCUUGGUGUGCAGCUGCUCUUGGCCGGUGUUCAGCUUCCGAAACGUUACCUUCAGGUAGAAUGGCAAAGUCUAUCUCUGCUACUUGGACCCGGCAUGGCGGCCAUGUGGAUGUGUAGCAGCUUGAUCAUUUGGGCUAUGAUUCCGAAUUUCAAAUUCCUCCAUGCUCUUAUAGUCGGUGCCUGUGUCACACCCACGGACCCUGUCCUGUCAAACUCGAUUGUCAAGGGUAAAUUCGCCGACAAGAAUGUUCCUCCGCCGCUGCAGAGGAUCAUAGUCGCCGAGUCCGGUGCCAAUGAUGGGCUUGGGUAUCCUUUCCUCUUUUUCGGCUUGUACCUUCUCAAGUAUAUUGGUAUGGGAGGGGAGGGAUAUAGUGGCGGGGCUGGAAAAGCUAUGGGUCUGUGGUUCUACGAGACCUGGGUCUACACGGUUAUUCUAAGCGUUGCCUACGGUAUCUUGGUCGGCUGGGUUUCCAGGAAAUUGCUCCAUUGGGCGGAAGAAAGACAUUAUGUCGACCGCGAGAGCUUUCUAGUUUUUGCCAUUUCCCUUGCGCUUUUCAUCAUGGGAACAUGUGGCUUGAUUGGGACAGACGAUCUUCUAGCUUGCUUCGUGGCCGGGAAUGUCUUUACUCAAGAUGACUGGUUCCGUCUUGCGACGUUGGACGACUCGCUACAACCGACUAUCGAUAUGCUUCUGAACCUGGCAAUUUUCAUGUGGUUCGGGGCUGUCUGUCCAUGGUCAUUGUUUGCAAACAACAACAUCAUUCCCAUUUACCGUCUCAUUUUCCUGGGAAUUUUGGUUCUCCUAGUUCGCCGGGUGCCAAUCAUUUUCGCGAUGCACAGAUCAAUCCAACAGAUAGAGAACAAAUUCCAAGCGGCUUUUGUCGGUUUCUUCGGGCCCAUCGGCGUUGGAGCAGUCUUCUACCUAUCCGUCUGUCGGGAGUUCUUGCUCAAGAUCACCGUCGAGGGUAAGGUUAGGGAGGACGCACAACAGGUUGCAGAAGCCGCUGAGGUGGUUGUUUGGUUCUUGGUUAUCUGCAGUAUCGUUGUCCACGGUCUUUCGAUUCCCCUGGUAAAGGCAGGAUAUAACCUUCCCCGUACGAUUUCUAGCGCACUCAGCAGCGCCACUACGCACGACCCGGAGCCGAUUCCUAUUGUAAACAUUCGCCAUACUCAUAGCACGGCAACACCGAUUGUGGAUGCUGGAAGUCGAGGAAGACGGCGCGACAAUCCACGAGAAACGCCUCAGCCCACCGUUUUCCAGAUUGGGGGUUCGGUGAUUAGGCCAAAGUCUCCGACAAGUCACCAGCAACCGGGGACGGGGAUUCUUGAGGAGCCGGAGAGACCGGUGAAUUUGGUUACUCAUGAAGCGGAGCAUCAUGCUAUUGCGAUCACGCCGGUUCCUAACCUUCGCAGUGAGUGACAGUAGUAGGCCGGGCGACAGCCAAUUGUUUUCUACGCCGCUGCCACUACAAAAUCAACAAGUAAAUAGGUCCAGUUCAUCGCUGGAUAUUUUGAACAUACACGUUCGCCUACAAUUCAUGUGAUCCUAUUACAUAGAUAAAUGGAUACUCUUUGU